CACUUAAAUUAUUGAAAAUGAACACUGAUUACCGAGGAUCCAAUGAAAAUGAGAACAACAUGCUUAAAGAAUUCGAAGACGCUACUUCUCGCAAUCAUGGAAGAACCAGAGAGUAUCUUGCAGAGUUUGAUUCAAACAUAAAUUAUUCCUCAAAAUCUCGGAAAGGCCCAAACUUUGAUAGCUUGGAGGACCUACAAGAUAAUCAAGAUAUUGAUUUUAGCAUGAAUAAAAAGAAAAAGAGAGUGAACACUAAGCAUAAAGUUACUAACUCAAAGAAGCAGACUAAAACUAAUAUAGGAUAUGGCCUUAAAGGAGGUCCUAACAAAGGCAGAAAAUGCCAAAAGAAAUUUGAAAGAGAGAUCAAACUCUAUAUUUAUGUUCCAGAAGUUGAUAUCCAAAUUCCUUUUACUACAGAAAUAAGUAAAUACAAAUGCAUGGAUGAAUUUAUUGAUGACUGUAUUUAACUAUUACAAUCAGCAUUCAGAGAAUCCUCUCCCUACUCCAAAUGAAAAUCUGAGGUAUGUUCUAAUGGAUUAUGCACAAGCUAAUAUGAUUCAAGAAGUGACCAGUCUAACCAAUAAUGCCAACUAUAAUCUAGUCACAACUAGCGCAUAUAGGAAGAGAAGCAUGAAAUGUUCUCAGAAAAAGAUCGAUAAGGAAUAUGAAGAACUUGAUGAUUUAAGCAUGCUUGAUAACAAAGAGGAAGAAGACUUCUGCUUGUCAGAGGAAAGUAAUAUCUCUACCUAUAAAGUAGGAGCCAACAAUUUUCUAAACCCUUUAUUUCAAAGUAAUACUCCUCAAUCAUCUCAAUCAACAAUCAAAAGCUGCUAUGUGGGAAUAGAAGCUAACCUGACUCCAGAAAUAAAGGAAGAGCUUUCAAUAAAGACAGAAAAGGCUGGAAAUCUAAUACAAGGAUCAUUUGGUAUGGGACAAGGUGUUGACAAACUGAAUGAAUUUUCUCAGACACAUUCUCAUUUAAUCAAAAAGCAUCUUCCAGGAUAUUUAGACCAAAAUAGUGGAGACUCUUUGGAAUCGAUAACUUCUCAAUUAGAAAAACUUGAAGUUUCAGGUAACAACUACUCUAUGGCUCUCCUAAACUUCAUCAUGUCUUUUAAAAAAGCUAAUGGAAUAAUGACAGAAUCGGGUGUAGAAACCUCAAUCAUCACUAAGAGUGAAGACCCCAUCGAUAUGCUUGAAUACAUGAAAUUAUUCCAGGAAUACUUAACACUAGGAUCUGGAGUUCUCAAUAGAUAUGGACAAGAUUCUUUCUCUAAUUGGGAUCGCCAAUCAAAAGCAUUGAGGAUGCUUGGACAUCAAUCUACAGUGGUUAAGAAAGAAGUCAUGAAAGAUGUCCAAAACACGCAUCAUUAUUUAACUGCACAACCUGAAGAAAUGAUCUUCCUAGUUUGUAAGAAGACUGAUAAACUAAAGAAUUCGAUGAAAAUUCAUGCAAGUCAUAGAGGCUUUGAACUGCUCUGUGAAAGUUGGGAAGACCCCAAUACUAAAUUUCCUAUUCUUCAAUUUGGAUGAUGAAAUUUAGGGAAAACAACCGAAGGAGAUCCUUUGAGAUGAAGAUUUUACCUAAAGUUUAAGUUUAUUCCAGAAAAUAUUGCUGCUUCGAUUAAAGGCCAAACAGUUAAAGGAAGAGAAAUAGCGGGAAGAUUUAUCAUAGACAAUUAUCAAGUUCUUCAUUGACACCCUGUGAAUAAGAAUGUUACAAAAGAUAUAAAAUUCGAUAUAAACGGAAAUAUAGAUAAAGUGAAUGAACUGAGCCAUAAGAAAUCCAUAGGAAUCCAAUGUGACACUAAUUUAUCGCUUUCUUCUAAUAAGCUCUACCUGAGUGAGUUUAGCCAGCAGAUGGAAGCUGAAGAUCCUGAUGCCAAUCCUCCUACUGAGAACCCUUAUGACAUCCUUAGUACAAAUUCGAGUUCGCAGAUGUCGUCAAUAAACUUGGGAAAUCCUUAUGGGUUUCAAUCUUUACCUCUCUAAAGG